AUGACCUUCUUGAGAGGCCUUCUAUGGAUCCUGGCUCUGGGGCACGUCGUACUUGCAGUUCCAUCAGUUCCGAGGAAACACUGCCCAUCCAGAGAGAUCACCAUUCGAAGAGAAUGGGGUGAGAUGCUCCCGGCCGAGCGGAAGAGCUACAUCAAUGCUGUUCUCUGUUUGGCGCAAAAACCACCGCAGUUGCCUACGGCCGAAUAUCCAGGCGUCCGGAGCCGGUUCGAUGACUUUGUCGCGACGCAUAUCAAUUACACUCUCCACGCACACCUUACUGGGUUGUUUUUGCCGUGGCACCGGCGGUUCACCUGGCUUUUUGAAAGGGCGCUCCGGGAUGAGUGCGGAUAUACUGAUUAUCUCCCGUACUGGAACUGGCCACUGUGGGCUGAUAACCUCUCCGCCAGCCCGCUCUUCGACUGCAGCGAGACCUCGCUCUCCGGCGAUGGCGCGUACAAUCCCGACGAGCAACCUCUCUCCGGCGGCAACACUACCAUCCCGCGCGGCACUGGUGGCGACUGCACGCCAUGCGGGCCCUUCAAGGACUUCCAGGUCCACAUGGGCCCCUUCUCGCGCGAACUCACCUCGCUCACGGAGAUCCCCGCUCCUGGCUUCGACUAUAACCCGCGCUGUCUAAACCGCAGCCUCAAUAAUUUCGUUUCCAGUCACUACAACAACGCGAGCCAGGUAACCCGCCUGCUUGAUGCCACCGACAUUGUCGACUUCCAAACCGUCAUGGACCACUGGCCGCCCCGGCCGGACGGCGUCCUGGGCCUCCACGGCGGCGGCCAUUACAGUCUCGGCGCGACCCUUCAAGAUCUGUUCUCCUCGCCGCAGGACCCGGCCUUUAUGCUGCAUCAUGCUAUGAUCGACCGGCUCUGGGCAAUGUGGCAGAACGGCGGCGAGGGCCGCCGCGAUGCGCUCAAUGGCACGAAUGUCAUCCUGAAUCCGCCGUGGGCAGAGCGGGUCACGCUUGACAUGGUAAUGGAGUUUGGGAUCUUGGAUGAGCCGCGACGGGUUCGUGAGGUCAUGGAUCCCUUGGCGGAUGGGUUCUGUUAUGCCUAUUCUUGA